UCACUGUAAACAACAACAACAUAAACAACAACAACUGGAGCAAUAACUAUAGAACUUUAACUAAAAUGUUUCGUCGAAUCAAUAUCGUGCGGUCUAAAAUUUCUAGGAACGUUACCUGGUCAAUCUGGAGACAGUUGUGUACAAAUUCUCGUCUACUGAAUGAAGCCAGCAAGGCGGCAGUGAAGACGUCAGUUAAAGAGGGCCUUCUUCUCAGUGACAGCUGUGUACAGCGUCUGAAUAGGAUCAAGGGGGACAACUCAUUCCUGCGUGUGGUUGUCGAGGGAGGGGGUUGUUCGGGAUUCCAGUACCAGUUUGAACUGGCCACAGAGCUGUCUGACCAGGAUAUAGUGUUUGAGCGUGAGGGAGCCAGGAUUGUAGUGGACAAAGACUCCCUUGAGUACAUCAAGGGUUCCACCAUAGACUACCAUGAGGAGUUGAUACGAGCAGCGUUCCGUGUGAUCAACAACCCCCAGGCAGAGCAGGGAUGCUCAUGUGGAGCAUCGUUUGCGCUCAAACUGUGAUGUGACAAUAUGGCCGUGCUAGGAUGGAUGUUAGGAUGGAGUUAGAUCUUUCAAAAGUUGUUUUGAGGGCUCUUAGUCCAUAAAAGCAGUCCAGCGGUUUUAACCCUUUCCCACUUGUGAAGAUGGCUAUGUGCAAACAGCAUAUAAUAGAACAGCCUGCAAGUUACUCGCAGUCUGUUCAGGUUUUAUGCUAUUUGCUGCUCAUCAGUAUGUAAGGGUUGAAAAUGAAGCCUCUAAAACUUGAAUCUAGUAUGAAAGCUCUUUAAUUAAAUUGAACUCUAAGGGACUACAAACAAGUCAAAAUACGUAUCUAGGUGGUAAAGGGUUAAUAUGGAGAUUUUGUCAUAAAAUAUUAAGAAACUCACAUUUCAAAGAAAUCACUAAUAUGGUGUAUAAAUAUGUUUGUUUUUUCUCUCAAACUUUGAUAUAAUAUUCAAAGUUAUUAAGUAUCAACCUAAUAAACAACAAUAGUAGUAUGUGUUUUGAAACAGAUGAUAUAAAUAUGCUGAAAAUAUCGGUAUUAUGCAACGUUCAGUCAUUCAUUUUAUUGUUUAACUUCAGGAUACACACUGAAUUACCAGAAAUUGUCAGCUGUUGUCAUCUUAAAAUUUAAACUAGACAUUGCAAAUACAAAUCAUGCUUCUUUGAAUUUUUAUGUCCCCCACUAUAGUAGUGGGGGACAUAUUGUUUUUGCCCUGUCUGUUGGUCUGUUUGCGCCAACUUUAACAUUUUGCAAUAACUUUUUCUAUAUUGAAGAUAGCAACUUCAUAUUUGGCAUGCAUGUGUAUCUCAUAAAGCUGCACAUUUUGAGUGGUGAAAGGUCAAGGUCAAGGUCAUCCUUUAAGGUCAAAGGUCAAAGAUAUGUGGUCAAAAUCGCUCAAUUUAUGAAUACUUUUGCAAUAUUGAAGAUAGCAACUUGAUAUUUGGCAUGCAUGUGUAUCUCAUGGAGCUGCACAUUUUGAGUGGUGAAAGGUCAAGGUCAAGGUCAUCCUUCAAGGUCAGAGGUCAAAUAUAUGUGGCCCAAAUCGCUUAUUUUAUGAAUACUUUUGCAAUAUUGAAGAUAGCAACUUGAUAUUUGGCAUGCAUGUGUAUCUCAUGGAGCUGCACAUUUUGAGUGGUGAAAGGUCAAGGCCAUCCUUCACAAGGUCAAGGUCAUCCUUCAAGGUCAAACAUCAUAUAGGGGGACAUUGUGUUUCACAAACACAUCUUGUUUUGACACCAAUUGCAUAUGGUUUAUUGUUGUUGGAAGAGUAAGACAUUGCUUAAGCAAGGAUAAGGGCACUCAGUUGUUUUCUAUGCUGGACUGAGCCAUAGGAGAGAAAUAGACAUUGUGUAUACAGAACACAGAUGCACCCUUAUAGCUUUCAAGCAACAAAAACGCAUGUGAGUUGCACACAGAAUUACUACAUUUGUUACUGGUUCAAAUAUAUGUAUGUUUUAUGUGAUUGUAUUGUUGAGAUGUGCAUGCUUAUACAAAUAUAUGUAUAUUUAUA